AAUUGGGCCAUCCCCUUGAAUCUCAUCAGAAUUUUGGGGUUUUGGAUUUCUCAUAAAAACCAUUUCUUUUCUGCACUCUUUACUUCUCCUCGCUUUUCUCUCUGUCUGAAUGGCUGUACUGUCACUGAAUUCUUUGCCGUUGGGGUUCCGAUUCCGGCCGACGGAUGAGGAAUUGGUUAAUUACUACUUGCGGUUGAAGAUUAAUGGUAAGCAUACUGAGGUGAGGGUUAUUCGGGAGGUCGAUGUGUGUAAAUGGGAGCCGUGGGAUUUGCCGGAUUUGUCCGUGAUCGUUACUCAGGACCCGGAAUGGUUCUUUUUCUGUCCGCUUGACCGGAAGUAUCCCAACGGGAGUAGGCUCAAUAGAGCUACCAAGGCUGGUUACUGGAAGGCUACGGGGAGGGAUCGGAUGAUUAAGUCGAGACGAAACAAGAUUGGGAUGAAGAAGACUCUGGUCUUCUACAAGGGACGCGCUCCCAGGGGUAAGAGGACCCAUUGGGUUAUGCAUGAGUAUCGCACUACCCUUGAUGAGCUUGAUGGUACCAGACCGGGACAGAGUGCAUUUGUACUUUGUCGUUUGUUCAAGAAAGAUGGGAUCAUUAUUGAAGGUUCAAAUGGUGAUGUGCAGUCUGAGUUAGAAAUUGCUCAGGAAUCUCCAAUAUCAGAAGAGCAAGUUGAAAUGAAUCCAGCUGAUCCCAAUUCUUGUUUGGAUGAUUCAUCUAGGAAUGCUAUUGCUGUCACUGGAUCCCCUAUUCAGUGCGAGAAUGAUAAUUCAGGGUAUCAAGUGGGAGAAGUUCCACCAACAGAGGUGGAUUGGCAGCUUGAAGAAGGCCUGAGAUUGAUUUGUGACCCUAUACCAGGUCCACCUGAUUGCCCGCUUUUUUCCCCAAUACACACGCAAAUACCGCUGGACAUGAGACCUUCUUACAUGUAUUAUGAUGUGGGCGAUGGUUGCAGUGCUGCAGAGCUUCAGUAUGGCUCAAAUGAACCAGAUGCCUAUGAUGAUUUCUUGAAUUCUAUACUCAUAAGUCCAGAUGAGCAUUCUGGUCAUGAAGCUGGUAAUCAGAAUAAUUCAACUAUUGAAUGUGAGUCCCCCAACAGUGCGGCCUUUGUAGAAGUGGCCCAAGGACAGCUUGAUCACCAAGGGGCUCAUUUAGAGAUGGAAGCACCUCCAGGUGGUUGCUUUUCUCUAAUUUCGGAACAGCAUCUUUACUCAUCUGGCACAGGCCAAUCCUAUAAUAUGUUGAACAGCGGCCAGAAUUCAAGCAAUUGUGUAAAUCCCAGCAGUAGCACUGACAAUGGGACAUCUGCUAUCAUAAUUAGAGCUCGACGCCCUCAAAAUCAACCAGAGACUAAGAACAUUGUGACACAGGGUCUUGCACCUAGAAGAAUACGUCUGCAGUGUGCAGUUGAAUUUCGGCCUUCUUAUUACAGAAAGACAUCAAGUGAUUGGAGCUGUGAAGAUGAAGAUCAUGAAUCAAAACCGUUCAUAUCAAAGGUGAGAGGUUCAUAGCUGAAGCUAGUGCAGAAACCAUGACAAUUUCCAUUAUGUGGAUUGCCUUCUUAUUAGUUUACAAUUUCCAGGAGGUAGAAGCUGUAGAAGAGGAUACAAUUGCUGGUAGUGAUGCUGCUAGUACUGUCACGGAUGAAUCUUGUGAAAUAUCCCCCUCCAAGUUCCCUGAAAAGAGUAGCUUAACAUCUGAAAGCAAUAUUUCUGUGAUCACAUCCCAGUUCACAAAGUCUACUGCAGCUCAUCAGAGAAACCGGCCAUUUAGGGUUAUGUUUAGGGUAGCUGGGAUCCUAGUCUUUUUCUUGGUUUUGGCUAGGAUGUGGAAUGUCUAGUAAUGUGUUAACUGUAACCUGCUAUUACACGCUGUAUCCCUGUAUAUUUUUGCAUGUAGUUCUCCUUUUUGCGUUGCUAAUCAGGAUUUAGGAUUAUAGUACUAGAGGAUCCUGUUUUAGUUUUUGCAUAACCAUUUUUGUAACUUUUUGUUUUUUUACUUAAUGGUUUUUUUGUAUAUCUCUUAAAUGAUUUAUAAUUAUGAGUAGAUUAAUUUAGUAG